AUGAAUACAAGACAGCACGAUACCCCCGGUAGUAGACCGACCCGGGUGCAAAAGACGCCACGUAUCUAUACCUGCUCUGUCUGCCAGAGACAAUUUAAGAGAAGUGAGCAUUGUUCAAGGCAUGAACGUGGUCAUACACAAGAGAAACCAUUCCCUUGCAGAUUAUGCGGCCGUAGAUACGCGCGAAAGGAUGUCGUCAUACGACAUGAAAAGUCUUUUCACCGUCUCGAAAACCCGAGGCGUCAACAACCUCCUCCUCCCCUUCAACCAUCAUCACCAGAUCUUGAUGCCGACUCUGAGCCGUUCACAGAUUCAAUCAUAGUGAAUACGCAUAAUCAUCGUACAGAACCUCAGCUCCCAAUGCCAAUGAAACUUGAGCAUCAUGAAACACCAGAAAUGCAAUCUACAUUAGACCCCUUACUGCGAGAACAUGAUGCGCAGUUGGCUGGACAUUCAAGUUCCUCUGGACCUCAUAUGAAUGGACAUGGCGCAACAAAUCACGGAUUUCAACAAUAUCAGAAUGGUUUCAUAGACCCAGCUUUGGACAUUUCUGAUCUCUUCGGACCUUCACCAAAUCUGAUAGCUCGAACUUGA